AUGUUGCGAUCGUUAUUAGAUAAAUUUUGGGACGAAGAUAUUUGGCUCCCGGCGAAUACAACUUGGGAUGAUAUAGCUCCUGGUCCUGAUAAAGCUGUACUGUAUAAUGAUCACAGUUGCCUUCUCUAUCCUAUACCAAUGGCAAUAGUACUCAUAGGUCUGCGACAUUUACUUGAAAAAUAUUGGUUCGCGCCGUUUGGAAAAUCACUAGGUAUUAAGAACACAAGACCAAAGAAAGCACCAAAUAACCCCAAACUGGAGGCAGCCUACCAGGCAUCUUCCAAAAUUAGACAUAAGCAGGUAUGCGCACUAGCGAAGCAGCUGGACAUGACGGAACGGCAGGUGGAGCGCUGGUGGAGGCUCCGGCGGUCUCAGGACAAACCCUCGACUCUAGUCAAGUUCUGCGAGAACGCCUGGCGAUGUUUCUUCUACUUGUACAACUUCUCAUACGGCCUGUUCGUAAUGUGGGACAAGGAGUGGUUGUGGGACAUCGACCAGUGUUAUAUUGGAUAUCCUCAUCAGGGGGUGACAAACGACGUGUGGUGGUAUUACAUGAUCUCAUCGGCGUUCUACUGGUCGCUCACCAUAUCCCAGUUCUGGGACGUGCGGCGGAAGGACUUCUGGCAGAUGUUCGUGCAUCACUUGGCAACCAUAGCGCUCCUGUCCUUUAGCUGGGUUUGCAACCUCCACAGGAUCGGCACGCUCGUGUUGCUGGUGCACGACAGUGCUGACAUACUUCUGGACGCUGCGAAGGCGGCGAAGUACGCUAACUACCAGAAGCUGUGCGAUGGUAUGUUUGCGAUAUUCACAGUGCUCUGGAUUGUUACGAGGCUGGGAAUAUACCCAUUUUACAUAAUCUGGAGUACAACGAUCCGUGCUCCAAUGCUGGUGCCGAUGUUCCCCGCGUACUUCAUCUUCAACUCACUGCUGUGUCUACUGCUGUGCCUGCACAUUCUGUGGACGUGGCUCAUCCUGCAGGUCGCUUACAAGGCCAUCACUGCUGGACGGUUGGAUGGCGAUAUAAGAAGUUCGAGUUCGGAGAUCAGCGACAGUUCGCAUCACUCCAAUCACAGCACUCCCAACCGCGUUAAUCAUAAAAAGUAA